AUGACUUCACAAUAUUGCCUGAAACGGCAUUUUAGCACUUAUGACGAUCAAGCUCAUAAACGAAAAUGCAUUUAUUUUCUCGUGCUUAUCGGAAUUUUUAUCGUUGCUUCAGUUGUUGGAUUAGUGAUGAUAUUUUUCGUGGAUGAAUCAGUUGUGGGUCAGAAAUUCAGAAAAGCCACAAAUUUUUUUGACAUUAGAGGAGAGUUGUUCAACUUUGUUCCAGUAAAAGUUCUUUCGAAACCGGAAAUUAGUGAACAUUUUAAGCCAGAUGCGUAUCUUUUUAUAACUAAGCCGAAAGUGGUGACUGCUAAGCGUUCUUAUCCGUCUUUGGAGGAUAAAUUUCUUGAAAAAUCCCACAUAAAGAAGAAAAAUUUGAAGAAUUUCCUGGUUGAUGUUGAUAAUGAGCUGCCAAAUGAAAGGUUUGAAGCCACAAGUGAAGCUUUUAAAGAGAUACAACAAGUGGAAAAUAGUGUUCGGGAUGAAACGAAGGCAGAUACUACUACAACAACGACACCUAAGAGUACCUCAACAACGAUGACGACACCGACGACUACCACAAGUUCAUCUACGACGACGCCGAUGACGACUGCGAGCUCUUCUGAGACAACUUCGAUGACGACUGCAAGCUCUUCUGUGAAUACUGAGAUGUCAACGACACAAUCUGAGUCUUCUACGACCGUUUCUGAGUCUCUAACAACAGAAAUUGGGUCUACGACCGUUUCUGAGUAUUCUACGACAGCCUCCGAGUCUUCGACAACAACAGUUACACCUGUUUCUCCCUCAACGACAUCACCAACACCAUCAGAGACUCCUUCAACAUCAACAACGACGACAGAAACUCCUUCAACAACAACUCAAACCUCCGAUAUUUUGGAAAAACUCGACCAAAUAAUCACUGACGAGGAGUUUACCGACGAAAUUGCAUCCGAAGUUGCCAGCGAAUUGCUUGACGAUGUCCCUUCUACCAUUUUAACUGACGAUCCAAAGGACUAUUUACCGGAUUACUCGGCAGAAUCUGAAGAAAAAGACAAAAAUGUAGUGAUAACGGACACUUUCACCGAGGAUAACGACAUUGAGGAGUCAGAAAAAGCUGGAAAAUCUCGUCGUUACAUCGAUACAGGACGAAGUGGCAACCUAAUUGACAGCAAACCACUUGUUUCUGCUGAUAAAUUCUUCAAAAACUUACGAAAACAAUUCGAAAAGGACAUGUUGAUACCAGUUGUAGCGGAAAAAUCUGAAAAACCAUCAAAAGAGGUUGUGACUGAGAGGAAAAUGAACGCUUAUGACGCUUUAACAACGACUUUGAGGCCAGUUGAGACAAAAUUCGAUGAAAAAAUUAAACAAAAAACGUUAAUAAAGGUCAUCACUGAGCCAACUUUUGAAGAAACAACGACUUCUGAUCCAAGGUUCAACUUUGAAACGGCUGAAAAUGUUCAAACGACGACAACUGAGGCAGUUCCAACUGAAGUAGAGACAACAACUCUUACAAAAACGACUGAAUUUGAAGAGAUUUUAACAACUGAGGCACCAACAACGACCUUGAACCCACAAUUAACGACCGAAUUUUUACCAGAAACUACCACAACGACAAAAUUACCUCCCAAAAAGCACAAAAAACGCGUCAAAAGUUCUUUGAAUAAUUUAAAUUUCUUCGCAGACUUCACCGAAGAGGAUAUCGAAGUACUCAAAUCGUUAUUCCGAAGUGCCAAAAAGUCGUCACGCAGUAAAAAAGAGAAAAGAAGUCAUCCGGAUGACGUUGUCUAUCCCUCAUCAGCCUCCGAUGACACUCAAACAACAAUGACUGAUGCCAAUUUUGAAGUUACAACAACUCCGUUGCCCGAAAGUAUGAUCGCUGCCUAUGACAUCCCGCAACAUGACCCCAGGGAACGCGAAAUGACGUCAAAUCACAUCAACCAACCGUUGCAUCAAAAACGCGCCGCUCAAGGAUUGUUCUCAAAAACUUUAGAAUCAAACGGACUUUUCUCGAAGCUCACGGUAAAAAGUGAAAAACCCGAUUUGUUGGCCCUGAAAGCACCAAGAGCCCAACAACCGCCACCUUCCGACGGUUUAUUCUCAAAAUUGACGGAAAAAGAACGCGAAAAAGGCACUUGGCUGGAUCAGGUCGGCCAAAAUAUGGAGAAAAAGAAGCCAGCGUGGGUGGAAAAGUUGGAAAAUGAGACGAGCGAGGAGCGGGAACAACGCAUCGAGAACGAUUUACAAAAAAUGAUCAAACUUGUGGGAGUUUUGAGUAAAGUUGAUGGCUUCUUAAUGGAUCGCACACGAUCUGCCGUCCGAAAAUUGAGUACUUUGCUGGAUGAUGACGUCGGCGGAUCCGAAGCUAAGCGACGUAAGCGACGCAAUCACUUUUAUUAUUAA